AUGUUUUCCUCCGCGCAGCCCGUCCUCCCGCCCGGCACCCUCGUGCUCGUUACCGGCGUCUCCGGCUUCAUCGGCAGCCACGUCGCCGACAAGCUCCUGGCCGCGGGGUACGCCGUCCGCGGCACAACGCGCGACGCGGCCAAGCACGCCUGGCUCGCGGCGCUGUUCGACGACAGGUACGGCAAGGGCCGGUUCGAGCUGCACGGCGUGCCGGACAUGGCUGCCGAGGGGGCCUUUGACCAGGUUCUCCAAGGAGCCUCCGGCGUCAUCAACAUCGCCUCCGACACCACCUUCGCGCCGGACCCGCACGCCGUCAUCACGCCCACCGUCGCCGGCGCGGUGAACCUCGCGCGCGCCGCCUCGCGCACGCCCUCGGUGCGGCGCUUCGUGCAGACGUCGAGCUGCGCCUCGGCCGCGAACCCCGGUCCCAUCACCACCACGGCCACCACCGGGCCCGACAACGGCGGCAGAGAGUACCCAACCAUCACCAAGGAGACGUGGAACGAUGCCGCCGUGGCGCAGGCGUGGGCCCCGCCUCCGUACGAGCCCGCCCGGGGCUUCGCCGUGUACGCCGCGUGCAAGACCGAGGCGGAGAGGGCGCUGUGGAGGUGGUAUCGUGAGACGCGGCCUGCGCUCGUGCUCAACGCUGUACUUCCGAGCAUGAACAUGGGCAAGAGUCUGGAUGUGACGCAUCAGGGGCACCCGUCCACGUCGGGGCUCGUCGCGGCGCUGUUCACGGGCAACCACGAUGAUCUCGCCUCCGCUGCGCAAUACUUUUACAUAGACGUGCAAGACACGGCGCGGCUGCACGUCGCCGCGCUGCUGCACCCAGACGUGCGUGAGGAGCGGCUGUUCGCCUACGCGGGCCCUUACACCUGGCGCACGAUCCAGCGUGCCAUGCAAGAGCUGUACCCGCGCCGUACGUUCGCGCCGGACGUGGCGGACGCGCCGCUCGACGGGAGCGUGGUGCCGGGGACGGCGCGCGCCGAGGCCCUCCUGCGCGAGAUGGGGCGCGACGGAUGGACGAGCCUAGAGGACUGCGUGAGGAUGAACACGGAGGACCUGGCUGUGUAG